UCUAAUUACAUCCCCCAAUAAUAUACAGUACACUUUUGUGUACUUUUCUCCAUUUCAAAUUUCCUGCAACGAGAGUGAAAGUAGGAAGGACAUUUUCGUCUUUACAAUUAAUUAUUUAUCUCACAUAAAAAAUAUUAACAUCAGGAUUUGAACCCGGGUCUCUUCAAACAAAGACAACAAUCACAACCAUUUACACCAAACAAAUUUUUUGUAUCUUUUUUAAUACAAAAUAUACACGAAGUUCAACUCUCUGAAAUUCGCAGGACUUUCCAUCAUGAUUAGCAAGCCCAAUAAGUAUACUGUAUGUAUUUUUAUGGUGCUUGAUACUUCAAUUUUUGUAGUAGAGUUUCGUGUAAUUUUCUCAAUUUUAAAAUUCUUUCUUUCUCCUUAAUUUUUCCUAAAGGUAAAUUGAUAAUUGGCUAACAUGGAAAAAACUAAUUUUGUCACUACGUGUUGUGUCCUUGCAUUUUUCAAUUUAAAUUUUGUGGUUUUUAUCUUUGUUCUUAUCUCUUUCUAAGUUUCUCGGAAUUCCCUCCAUCGUACAAUAGUUUGCGCCCCUUUCACUUCCCAGGACAAGGCCGCCUUUGAAAAUCAAUAAUCCGAUAUCUCUUGGCACGUUGGUUUUAUUGUUGGGGAUUUAAGUUGGGCAAGUAAAAGAGUUUAACAAAUAAUAGAAUUGAAGAAGGAAGAUUAGAAAAAAAUUUGGUUGAAAUAUAGGUCUCUUCAGAUAAAAAUUUGUUUGUACAACAAAGAGGGGUGGCUAUUGGAUCUUUAUGUUUAUGAUUUUUAAUCUAGGGUUAAUACCUUAUUCUGGCCCGAACUAUGAUCAUAUAGUCAAAUUUGGCCCGUGGUUUGAGAAAUUAACAUCCUGGCCCGAACUUUGCAGCAUAUAGUCUCAUUUGGCCGGAAGCGUGGUUUGACCGUUUGUUUGGACGGUCAACUGUCCAGGUCACCGCCAUAUAAGCACCAAAGGAAAAAAAAAUUGAAUUUGAAUUUUCUUUUAUUAUUUCCUUUACCUAAUUAAAAAAAUGAAAAAAACAAACAAACAAAAUUAUUUUCGGCCACCCACCACCUUAUCCCCUCGCCUCUUUCCUUCUUCGAGCAAACCGAAAAAAUCGCUAACCCUAACCAUUCUUCUUCUCCUUUCUUCCCCGAUGAGCAGAAUCCUCCACGAUGUUGUACUGCGGAGCCGUGGGAUUUCUUCUUGGUGGAGAACCAGACUCCCUUUGCGACGCUCUUUUCUCCGCCUCCAAUCCUUCCCGCACCGCCUACGAGCAUCUCAAGCGCAACACUUGCCCCAAUCGACUUCUCCUGGUCCAGCUCUGAGCAAAAUCCAAAUCGAAGAUAGCGUGAAGAAGCUGGAGAGCCCCAAGACUUCUCCUGGUCCAGCUCUGAGCAAAACCCAAAUCGACUCCGCCGUUGAACAUUUAACCAAUUGGGUCUAUGAAUCGUGUGUGAUCGUUUCAUUCUCUAACCUCGAGCACCCAAAGUUUUGAGCUUUCCUCAACGAGGUCGGCCUCCCGCCGCGUCGUGUUUCUCACAGCCUCUCCGUCGUCAAACUACGCAGAGGAUGUUUGUGGGAGACGGUCAGAGGAAUCUGGGGGAAGUAAGGUAUCAAAAUAAUUUUGAGGGAGGUGAUGAAAUGGAAAAUGGCGAAGAGGAUCUGUAGAGGCGGAGGAGAAUGAUUUUUGUGGAGGAAGUAAGAAGAACAGAGGAAGAACGAGUUUUCUGGAGGAAGAAAGAAGAACAGAGGAGGGAAUUGAGAGAUGAGUGGGGCGGAAGAGAGAUGGGGAGUUCUUUUCAUUAAUGACAAUUUUAUUUUAUUAUUAUUAUUAAUGGUAGUUGAUAGUUUGAGUUUUAUUAAUUUAUUUAAUAUUUUAUUAAUUUUUAAUGUCUACAUGGCAUUCACGUCAGCAAAACAUGCUGAUUCACUAACGGUCAACACUAUUGACUGUUUAAUUUGACGCAAAUUCACGAAUUGGGCCAAUUGAGUAUAUAUGUUGCAUAGUUGAGGCCAAAAUGUUAAUUUCUGAAACCACAUGCCAAAGUUGAUUACAUGGUCAUAGUUCGGGCCAAAAUAAGGUAUUAACCCUUUAAUCUAUGACAACAUGUUUAUAUCUUAAAACGAGGAAUCAUUGAUUUAUUGAAGUAGGUCGAUUCUUUAUUCAACCUACUGGAACUGAUAGACAAGGAGUGUCUAAUUUUGCGCCUUAUUACUUUGAUUGAGUCUAUUAGUAUGUUGGAGAUAACCUAAUUUUGUCGUUUGCUCUCAAGUUUUGAUGGUCCCCUCUUAGCUGAGUUGUUACAUCAAUCAAACCAGGAAAACCCAUACCCGUUGGGAACAAUCAACAACUCUCCAUUUCUUUUUGAUUAGUGGCACAUUGUUCAUAAAAAGAGCGUGUUAAACCCUUAUGUAGGAUUGUGAGGUUUAAGAUUUAGUUUCAAACUAUCUAUGGGUCGUUUGGAAUUUCACUGAGCUUUUAUACCCUCUUUCUUGACAACCAACUAACCAAUAACAUUUUAACGAGGACUUAAUUAUCAUUAUGAAAAUAGAAUUAAUGAUACAUUUUAUAUUUUAUAUUCUUAAAUGAUGAUGGUAUUUCUCCGAAUGUUAGACCUAUAUAUUCUUUCUUUAUGUAUCAUCUCGAUCAAAGGAUUGUCAAUAAAAUUAAACCGGUUGAUUGACUUAUACGUAAUAUAAAAAUAUAAAUAAUCGAAUAUGAACAUUCCGGACAAUGGGUCGGGUACUCGGGUUAUAAACUAGUAAUCAAAUACAAUCAAUUUAAUAAUCGAUAAAAUAAAGAUAAUGGAGGCAGUCAACCAUUUCGGCCGAAGCGGUGGUAAAAGGCCCUGCCAACGGGCCGGCAAAUCUGUAAGCCCAUUUUUAUAUUCAGCACAGAAACAUUGGGCUUUUUCUAAUAUCGACUUAGCAACAAAGGGUUAAUUGCAAGUUGGUCACUCGAAUUGCUAUAAAAUUUCACGUUUGCC